UAACCGGCAAAAUGAGAGAAAAGUGUCAUUAUAUGGUGUUAGAAAUAUGUACACAUAUUUUUAUAUCUGUAUGUAUAUAUUUACAUAUGUAUGUAUAUGUAUAUGCGCAGACUAUGUAAUUGAAGAGAAACCCUAGGAGUUUCCCCUUUUGCAUUAGUCACCGACCGAAAGUCAUUUGACCUGAAAUUUUCAAUGACAGUUCAAUCGCUUAGUUUUAUUCUAUCAAUAUUAUUUCAUAUUGAUAUGUAGAGAAAAAUUCAUACAUAUAUUCAUACAAAUAGCUCGUUAUUAUGAAUAGUUUGAGUGUAUUAUAGUAUAUAAUGUUUUCCCUCUAAUUAUUUUGUUUAGCUUAAAAAUUCUCUUUUUGAUUAGUUCAGCCGAAGGUUUGGAAGAGAAAAUUUUAUAGGUAAAUAAAGUUGUGAGGUUAGAAGUCACUGACCAGAUAGAAGAACCAAUAGUGUUAUCGUGUUAGUAAUUUUCCGUACAAUUUACCGAUAAAUGGCAUGUAUGGUUGCAAUAAUUUCGAUAAUGAUUAUUUGUUUAAAUAAUAAUUAGUAUAUAAUAGCUUAAAUGGUAUCUUUUAAUAUCUUUAAAGCACAUUUGUAUUACUUUGUGAUAUUUUUUUGUUUGUGUUAUAUUAUACUACAAAAUGCAACACUGUUUGAUUUCGACUGUUUGGGAGGGUCUUUUCAGUUUACGCUCUCCAUAUUCAGCCAUAUUGCAUGUGUGAAAAGAGGGCAUCUGUAGUUUUGCCCGCGCGAAUGCUUUCUGCAGGUAAAAAGAACAGAAGAAAAACAAAUGUGUCUGUUGCCAAUGACUGUGGCGGCAACAACUAACAGAUGUACUGAGUGUUCUUCGUAAAAUUUGACGUUUCCUGUUCGGUUUAUUAGUGCGGUUCUUAGUUAGUAUUGUGCAGUUAAAUAUAUCGAAGAAAUAAGGUAUUCAUACAAAAUUUGAUGUAGAUGUACUUUUGUAUAUAUGCUUAUGAACCAUUGCACAAAAUACUUAAAUUGCAAUACGUAGCAGAGGUAUUUAUCUAAUAAGAAUAAACUGCAUACACUAAAGUAGGAAAGGCAACUGCGAUAAUUCUUGACCAAACGGAAAAAUAUAUUGGAGACUCCGUCGUUUUGGACAUGUCAUGUCAGCACGUAUCACGACUCAAUACAACAGCAGCAACGUCAGUUUUAUCUGAAGAUCAGGACCCGUAUGUGUUCACAGAAACAGUGCCAACCACGCCACCCAUUUUAUUUAACGCUCAGAAAUCGCGAAGCAAGGUAUACAUAGACGCGCACGCAAUAACAACUACUCCAACGCCAAUACAAAGUUUAUCCCCAACACCAGCCGUAAGUGCUGCAGCUCCAACCAUAGACACACCAACGCCGGCGGCAUUAGCAUUCGCCUCACCAGUCACCAACAAACGACAAACACCAACAGUUACAACCAACGCAAAAUCAAAAUUCAAUCAGAAACUACCAUUGGGACCCUUGAAUGGCAAUAAUACAAAAACGCAGGCGACAUCGACGUUGGCUGCUGCAACGGGCCACAAUGGGCCUUCAGCAGCGGCCGCGACAAAAACGGUUUCACCUUCAACUGUGAAGACAACAAAUUCGCAAUCUCAGAAGCAGCAUCAGCAGCAUAAGAAAGCUUUGAAUGUGUGCAUAGUGCGACCGCAGCAGCAGCAACAACUGGCACAGGCUGUGCGACAACAACAAAAUUAUAAAGUACAGCAGCAGCGGAAGCAAGCCUCAUCGCCACCGCCCCUAUUUCAGCACACUCCCUCUCUAUGGCAAACGCCGUUGCUAUUGGACACGGGGUCGGCGGUGGUUAGCCCACCGACAUCACCCGCUUCGUUGCCCUCUCCACCGGUUGCGGUUGCGCCAACACCCACCUCGGUAACAUUACCGAUUGCUGCAGCUACAGCUAUGGUUAGCCCUCUGAUUACAGUAUCAGCGACAACAUUGCCACCAUCUAAAUUUCAUCACAAUACACUGGCACAGCAUUUGCAAAAAUUAGAAUGCAUUAAGAAGCCAAAGAAACCCAUUUCUGGAGGCAAUGUUCAUAACGGUAAGCCUAUAAAACUGUUUCAAGUGCAACAAAAUAUUCAGGAGCAGGACACAGCAUUGAAGCAGCAGCGUACACCCUUGUUGUUACAGCAGCAGAAUCAACAGUUAAGUGGCAUAGGCGCCAAAACUGUUAUUGUUCAACCGACGGCGGCAAUCUUGCAUGCACAUGCGGCUCAACAGUCUCAGUCGCAGACGCAAAUGCACAACAAGUCGCCUAUGGUUAUGCCCUCUGCACCGCCUCCAUUGCAGGCAAUUCAGGCGGUUACACCACCUCAACAUUCCGAUUCCGAUUUGAAUGAGAUUCCAGUAAAUGUUAUAUUUCGCAAGCCGCAAACGAGUGAAAUGCAUCACUCACAACUCGGUGGCACUGUAAAUGCGAACGCUAUGACCAAUACUGUGAGUUCCAGAAGUAGCAGUGUCGACAACACAACGGUGAAUAGAAGGGGCUCAGCGAUUGAAAUAAUAAACAAAACGAGCUCAACUAAGACAAAGCCUAAAUCAAUAUCUACAGCUGUUACGGCCGCUGAAACUGUAAUUCUGCCGCCGUCCACUCUACAGCCUUUUCCACAUGUGUUACGCGACAUUGUUUUCACGCACACCGUACCGGCGCAAAUUGCGGCGCGCGAAGAUGCUUCGAGGCUACCUGCCCCCAUAUACAACACACCUCAUCUCCAACCACCUGCCGCUAUACAUAAACAGCCGCAAAAUAUGUCUUCCAAUGCAAAGCCAUCACCUCCAACAUCGGCACAACAGCUGAAAUAUGAUACUACAACCUCUGCUCAACUUGCAUGUAAGCCAGGAGAAGGUGGUAAAAACGCUGGUGACGAAGGAAAAACUCCACAAAAGGUAACGGAUACACAAAAUGUAAACGCUGUAGCCAAAACUCCGUCGGCUGCUGCCAAAAAUACAUCCAAACGAAAAACAUCUGCAACAGCAACGGCUUUGGCGAAAAACAAAAACUAUUUGCCACAAUAUGCAAAGAAGCGCAACCACAAAUUGGGACCGCUGUUUCGAACAUAUGAUAACCAAAUGGUGGUAAGUGCUAAUGAUUCGCUAGAAAGCAACACUAAUCCGCAGAAGAAACGGAAUUGCCAUGCUGUGGCAGUAGUAAAGAUGUCUAGUGCCGAAAUUGAAGCAGAUACAACUUUGUUGGCCUCUGAUGUAGUGCUGCCAUACUGCAUCCAAAAACAUUGGUUGUUUAUUACCCGCGAUGUACAGUUAGUGCAAGGCGUUGGUGUGGUUGCUACUGCAGAUGGUAAAGGUGUUGGUAGUUUAGGAGCGAUUUUGCAGGUGGCAAGUGAUCGAGAGUCCCAAAUUUCUCAUCGAAAGAUGCUUUUGCGGCGUCAAGCGAUGCAGCUCCUCUCCACUCAAUCCUUGCAAAAACUGCCGAUGCAGGCAGCAAAACGCCGAUUGAUGUGUGUCGAUCGCUUACUCAGAAAGUACGCCCGUCAUGGUGGAGAUGACAUAAUCACUCCAAAGAAUUGUAACUCCGUUGGUUGUUGUAAAGACGUUCUUGAAAUUGCAGCCCAAUGUGAAGAUCACAUUGUGGACAAUAUCUCGCAGCAUAUCUUCUUGCCGUGUACGGCGAAAUUCGCCGACAACACCCAAUGCCGAAUUCCCGUAUUUGAUAUAAUGCACGACCUGCCACUUUGUGUAGAGCAUGCGCGCAAACGUGAUGCCUAUAAUCGUGUCGUGCAAGAUCAACAGCGAGUUGGGAGUCACAAAUUGACCACGGCAACUGUAGCUACUGCAAUGACUCAAUCUUCUCUGGACUGUGAUGCCGGUGAUUUGUUGCGACAACUUCAACAAAUUCAGCAUCAACAUAAACAGCAGCAGCGACAGCAGCAGACGCAUAUGCAGCCUAACGUACAUAGCACUGCUACAGUUGGCAAGAACAAGAAAUGUGUCAAUAUGAAAGCGACAACCACGCGUAAACGGAAAGCUCCCAAUACACCGGGGUCCAAUACGGUCGGUCGACCACAAAAGCGUCCGCGUAAAAUAGGAGCUAACGGAGCGCCAUCUGCUCCUGUUGUGUCUGCAACAAUAGCUCCAAUGCAAUUAACUUCAGCUGUGUUGCAGAGAAAGGGUAGCACCACCUCACUGGAAUCGAUUGCAAGUAACUCGCAAUCCUCCAAUUCCCAGCCGCAUUAUAUUUCCUCGAAUAUAAGUGUUAAAAAUCAAACCCAAAUAGCUAUGCCCGCGUUGGCACCGCUCAGCGGACACAAUGCGCCAAUCGUUAGCAGCACUUUGACGGUGGGUUCGGCGCCAAAACGUACGCUUAACUUCAGCACAAGCAGCCGCGAUAGCGUUGCAACUCUUGGAGGCACCGAAAAUGUUAUGGCUCAAAAUUUGAAGCCACAUGAAAUUAACCAACUGGUUGCACAGUUCUCUGUUGCAGUUAGUAGUAACAACAACAAUAAUAAUGAAAAUAGCAACAGUCUCACUGCAUAUAGCAACAGCAGUAUAAACAACACUUAUAAUUACUUGAGCUCAAAUUGUGACUCCAACUUCACAUCGGCGCUGGGCUCAUCAUCAUCAUUGCCCUCAUCAACAGAGGAACUGUUCCGUCAAGAAUUGCUAAGUGUUUGUGAGAACAGUUCAGCCUAUGCCAGUUCUGAGGAUACCGGUUUAGGCGGAUUGAGUGAGACUGAGCUGAUGGUGGGUCCCAAUGAUGCAGACGACAUACCGUUGGGAGAUACACGCUUGUUAGAGGAACAUGAUCUAGCAAAUGUUCUUAGUGCCCUACCAGAGGAUGCAUUCAAUGAGCUAUUUACAGCAGUACAUCAAGAAGAACGUGAAGAAGUUGAGCGAGCUCUUGAAUUGGCUGAUAAACAUCUAAAGAGUCUACAACAGACCAUUGGCUCGGAUAUUGAUUUCUUAGGAGAAUUUCCUGAUGAUGAUGAGAUCUUAGCUGAUACCGAUGCUAUGUGUAGCAAAAUGGGCAUGAUGCAUUCACCAGAUGCUACGUCUGGCAUUGACACGUCAACACUAUUUAUUGAUAGUGGUAGCAACAGUGUAGGAGGAGGUGGUGGGAGUUUAAAUUCAAGCAAUAUUGCUGAUAUACGCGGUCUUGUACAAACAUAAAUGAUGAGGCGAAGUAGUGAAGUGCGUCAAAGGAGACUACCUACAUGAAUAUGAAUAUAGAAAUAUUAGAAUAUAUAAAAAGGUAAAGAUAAAGCAAACAUUAAUACAAAACAAAAAAAAAAUGAAGAACCCGCAAAAAAUUAAAAAGAAAACAAAAAAAGUAGUAAGAUAUUUGAUAGAAAAAAGGAUUUGAGAACAUUUUAGUAUUUCGCAAUUUUAUUCAAAUUAAACUGUGCUAAUAAUAUAUGCAAACAUUAAAAAAUUAGAUCUAGUUUUGCGUUUUUACUUGACUUUAUUCGCGAACUGUUGGAAUGUUUUGAGAUCCUUGAUAACAAUUAUAAAUAUUAAUAAAAUUCAUGUAUAAUAAAAUAAUUUUAACCAAUGAAUACAUAUAAAAUUAUAACUGCAAUAUGUCUGUAAAGUGAAACACCGUUCUAAAGUGACAAUGUUACCUUAUUACCAGAUGUGUUUGAACCUUGAUAUAUAGCAUACUUAAAAAAAAUGUGUUAUAUAAAGAAUGGAAUCACAACUGAAAUCAAAGACCAUGAAAUAUGUAUGUAAAUAUUUAUUUCAAAAAAGCUGAGAAACGUUUUACUGAAAGAAUAAUUACGGUAUUAAUAUGAUUGUGGAAACAUUAUCGUAAUGGUAUAUAAAUAUAAGUUUUAAUUUAUGAAAAUCUGUAAACAUUGAAAGAACCUAAGCAAACAAUAGAUAGUAGCGGGAUGAGGGUAUGCUGCACAGCAACUGAAAUUUUUAUUUGCUGGACGGAGCGCUAUGUAUUAUAGUAAAUUCACGAACAUACAUAUUGCUUAUUAUGAUAAAUGAACGAAUGUCAAGUCAGCAAAAACAAAAAAAAAAUUUAAAAUUAUUUGUAUAUUAAUCAUAAUUUUCAGUGGUUUUCUUUUUAUUUGCUUCAUUCACUAUGGAAUGUUAAAGCUAUAAAUUUGUUGCAUUAUAUUUUUUACAAAACACUGCUUCUUUCUUAUCGUCCAAUGGCGUUGCUUGACUUUCGUUUAUAGUUUUCUAAAAUUGUAGACUAAUAAUGACUAAAAAGUGCGUUUAACUUCAAGUAGCACUAAAUUCUUUGAAAGAAAUGUAAAUUGAUAAAUUUAAGACACAUUAAAAACGAGCGAAGGGAAGAGAGAAUUAUGCAAGUAGGGGUUUCUACUUAAAUUGCAAUUUAUUAUUUUCAAUGCCUGCUAAGGUGUCACUACGUCACUUUACGGCUUUGAAACCAAAAUACUGAUAAAACGUUGGAAGGUGUUAUUGUAACCGAUAACCUCUUGGGCAACCACCCAUUGUAUUAUAUAUAUAAAUUAUACUACGAACAUAAUUAUAACUAGUUUAAGCUAAAGCUUUAUACACUUUCAUUUUAUAUUUUUGGGUUUCUUCGCAAUGUUUCUUUCAAUUGAUUGAAAUUUGAAUUUAUUUAUCUAUAUUGUGGUUUAGUGACAAAUGGCUUUAGUUAAUUGUAAAAUAACAAAUCAUUAUGCUGAAAUUGAAGUUAAAAAAUGUAAAUGUAGCAUGUGGAGAAGGUACUUUUAUGAUGUGUGUUGUACGUCCUUUCAGAACAUAAAUACUAAUUUGAUUGCAUACUCGUAUGCAAAAAUGCGAACUAGCAAUAAAUAUCUUUACAUUUAUAUGUAUGUACAUAUAUACAUAUAAUGCCGAUUUUUAUUGCUGCAUCUAAGUAUGUAAAUUCUAUAUAAUUGUAUACAUAUAUAGAACAUUUGGCAUGUGUGUGUUGUUUCGUCUGUUUUUGCUAUGCGUUUAGUAUCCCUUAUCUCUACAAAAAAUAUUCUGUGUAACCAAAAAAAUGAAAACUAAAACUAAAACAAAAAAAAAAAAACGUUUUCUCAGCCAUAAAUAAAUUUGUAUUUAGCUGUACAAUAUAUUUAGCCUUUAACUUGUAUAUUUUCAUCUAUUCACACUUCGUUCAAUCAUUUACUCUCAUCUCAUUUGUCAUCUACGCUCGAGUAUUAUAAUAUGUACAUAUGUAAGUGCAUUUUAACUAAUUUCUAUAUUUAUACAAUUACGCUCAUCUUUUCAUUAUUCAUCAUGCACACAUUUAUCAUAUGUGAACGCACACUUUCGCAUAUAAAUAUAUGUAAAUAUAUAUAAUCCUAGGUAUUUAUAAGUAUAUAAAUACACAAUCUAAAUUGCCUACCAGCUGGGAUGGAAAAGGUGUGAAUAAAGAGUGCGUUUUACCGAGCUCAUUACUUAGCUACGAAAUGUGUAAGCAAACGGAAGGCUGCUUUAACAGUAGAAUGUCAGAAGACGGUCUCCUUCUCGUUGCAAUCGUACGACAACCAACGCAUAGUCCGUCAAAUGUCCUGUACUAUAUAAUAUAAUAAUAAUGUUGAAAAUCGACUCUUACUCGUACAUGUGUAUCAUCAAUUAGUAUACAACAAAAACCCACUAGAAAUUAAAGAUGAAAUCUUGUAUAAAACGUAAAUUUAUAUUGCGCCCAAUAGCAUUGUACAAAAUUUAAUCCAUCUGAAUGCGAACCUAAAAUAUUUUCAAGCAAAGAAUGAAAAAAACACGUAUAAAAAUGAACCGUAACUCCGGAAAUAUCGAACAAAAUUUGUUAUACACUGCAUAUAUUUUUUACUUUAAUCAAUAUUUUGUUAUAACAUAGCUUUUAUUAACAUAAACUUAAUAAAACUUAUUUUCUAGACAUUAUGUAAGAAUAUGUAAUUUAACCGCAUUGAAUUACACAUACAUACAUACAUAUAAGUUCAUGCAUGCAUACAGAUUUGCAUAUAUGUAUAUAUCCAUAUAUACCAUACUUGUAAAUGAAUAGUAUAUAGAAAUAAUAACAGCUAUUUUUAUUUAAUACUAUAUAAAUGAAAUUAUUGCUGCAUCAAAAGUAAACCGAGAUAUACAAGCGAAACAUAACAGUAAAAAUUAACGAAGUAUGUAAAUUACAUCGGAAGAAUGAGCUCUUUAUGUAUGUAGUUAAUAGCGAAAGAAAUCGUUACAUACGACUUGUAUGCCGUAUACUGCAACGUAAAGUGUCAAAUUCGUGUUCACAUUUAAAUGCACGCAUACAUUCUUAAAUUACAUAUUAUGUAACUUUCUUUCGUAAUUUCUGCAUUUGUGAUUUAUUUUUGUACGAUUAAAAUAAAAUUUUUAACAAAAACUGAAUAAUCUGAAGAAAAAAAAGAAUUUUUUAGAAAAUAAAAAUAAACAAAAAACCAAAACAUAAA